CCGAAAGCUAUUAGAUAAAGAGAGCGACGACUUGCGAAGCACCACAGGUCGACAGCAAGUUCUUCAUCCAUGAACGCGCCGCCGCACGCCGUGCUUAUCCCUUACCCAACCGCAGGCCACUUGAACCCCAUGCUCGAGCUGGCCAAGCUGCUCCACUCCAAAGGCUUCUUCAUCACCUUCGUCAACACGGAGUUCAGCCAUCAGCAGCUACUGAAGACUGUUGGAUCAGAUGUGAUGAGCGCCAUGAACAAUCUCCGGUUCGAAACCAUCGCCGACGGCGUCUCGCAAUCUGACAGCGAGAGCCCGGAUCAUGUCUUCAGAGUUUGGUUCCUGAUACAGAAGAACUCUCCUGCUCCACUGAGAGACCUCAUACUGAAGCUCCACUCCUCCUCGGAUCUGCCCCCUCUCACCUGCAUCGUCACCAACUUCCUGAUGAACUUUACGCGAGGCGUGGCGGAGCAGCUCGGCGUUCCGGAGUUGGUCUUCUGGACCACGAGCGCUUGUGGCUCUCUUCAGCUGGGUGAGCUCAUCCGAAGAGGAUUCGUCCCACUCAAAGAUGAGGGUUGCUUGACGAAUGGAUAUCUGGACAUCACCGUGGACUGGAUCCCUGGAAUGCGAGAGAUGCGCCUCAGAGACCUCUCCAGUUUCAUCAGAACAACGAAUCAUGACGACAUCCUCGUUAAGACGGAGAUGGAGGAAGUAGAUUACGCAUCCAAGGCGUGGGGUGUGAUCCUCAACACAUUCGACGACAUGGAACGCGAGGUUUUGGGUGCCCUGAGAAGCUUCUUCCCUCGCAUCUACACGCUCGGCGCAUUGGGAGAGGUCGUCGACCAGAUAGGGGGCGGCUUAAUGGCUUCGACGCGCUUAAGCGUUUGGCGAGAGGAUCGCAGUUGCAUGGAGUGGCUGGACUCGCAGAGCGAGGCCUCGGUCAUCUAUGUCAGCUUCGGAAGCCUCACGGUCCUGACGGCCCACCAGCUGGCGGAGUUCGCAUGGGGCCUCGCCGGCACCGACCACCCCUUCCUGUGGAUCAUCAGGCCUGACAUGGUCGACGGUGGGGUCAGGACUGCCCUGCCGGAAGAAUUCAUUGCGGCAACAAAAGGGAGGAGCUUCUUCGCGAGCUGGUGCCAUCAGGGACAGGUCCUCGCCCACCGUUCCGUAGGCGGCUUCCUGACGCACGGCGGCUGGAACUCGAUGCUGGAAAGCGUCCUCAGCGGCGUGCCAUUGAUUUGCUGGCCAACCUUUGCGGAUCAGUACACGAAUUGCCGGUACGCUUGCGCGCACUGGGGAUUCGGCUUGGAGGUCGACCAGGAGGUGACGAGAGGACAAGUCAGUGACCGCGUUAGGGAGCUAAUGGAAGGAGAGAAAGGGAAGGAGAUGAGGGAGAGGUCCAAGAAAUGGAGAGAGAUGGCCAAGCAAGCCACAAGACGAGGUGGAUCUUCUCACAUGAACCUGGAUAGAUUAGCUGAAGAUUUAAGUAUCAAGGAGACGCAAUCGGAAUCAUGAUUUGAAGUCAGCUUGCAGUGUUGGAUUUUCUUCAUGGUUCAUCAAUUUCCCAAAAUUCUUGGAUCGAUUCAGAACCACUUCAGAAUCUAAACAAGCAAAGUGAACCCCCAACGCAUGCAACAGAGACAACAGAAAUUGGACUCAUUUUGGGGGAGAAGAUCAUUUCGGCAUGAAAAAUUUGAGAUUCGAAAGAAGUUGCAUUGAACGGAUGUCUUGCAAAAAUAAUAAUUUGAAUAAAAAUUAGACCAAAGAGUUUGGCGUCGCAGCGCUCUCUCGAAUUAUAGUUUCGUCACUGAACUCAGCCACCCUCGAGAGGUGUUUUUCUCUUUAACGCAAAAAUGACAAUUCAAGUUGCCAUGAAUUAUGGAUUCCAGGUCUGGUGGGUUGUUCUUCGUGAUCAGUCAAGUUGGUUGAUGCGCACAAGUUUAUAUGCUGAAGGAUGUAAAUUGCCUCCUUCAAGAAUCCUGGUCAUCGGUAUCUGAUCCAGCUGUGGAGGUCUGCUCAGGAGCUCGCGAGUCUGUAAACAUUGAUGCCAAGGAUAAAUUUCAGUACACGAACUGAUGACUCGAACAAAAGCUAUUCAACAAAACUGUGUUAACAGGAAAUUAUAGUGUUUUCAUCGGAAAAAAGAGUGCAAUCAUAGAGCUCUUCGAGGUCGAGAGAGAAUGCUUGAUGUUGUCGAUGAUCAGACAUGCAGUUCUGCCGUUGCUCCAUACUUCGAGGAACAAACGAUGAAAAAUCAAGGGGAAAAGGUGCACAAUUGAAAACAUUAUAUCCACACAAAACAGAACAAUCUGCAGCCUUAUCACUUCCUGUAUUCUGUAUGGAUCAAAAUGACAAUUUGAUAUGCUUAACAUUUAUGUUAGAUGCUAAAUCUAUUUGGA